GUGACUCGCUGUGAUUUCUUCCUCUCCUGAAAUCCCAGCAGAGCCCUCCUCUCCUCCUCCUCUCUCGGUAAAGAUGGAUCUCCGCUCGGUCCUCCCGGUUCUCCUCCUCCUCUCCGCCGCCUGUCAUCUGUCGUUGUCCGCCGCUGCUUCACGGACGGGACCGAAAGUCACGGAGAAGGUGUUUUUUGACAUCACAGUGGCGGGGCACGAGGUGGGACGAAUCGUCAUCGGCCUUUUUGGGGAGGUGGUCCCGCUGACUGUCAAUAACUUUGUCGCCUUGGCAACUGGAGAGAAAGGUUACGGCUACAAAGGGACAAAGUUUCACAGAGUCAUUAAAGACUUCAUGAUUCAGGGAGGAGACUUCACAGCUGGAGAUGGAACUGGAGGUCACAGCAUCUAUGGAACAACUUUUGCAGAUGAAAACUUCAAACUGAAGCAUCUAGGAGCCAGCUGGGUAAGCAUGGCGAACGCCGGUCCGGACACAAACGGAUCUCAGUUCUUCAUCCUGUCGACCAAAGCGCCGUGGCUGGACGGGAAACACGUGGUGUUCGGUAAAGUCCUGGACGGGAUGGCUGUGGUUCACACCAUCGAGCUCCAGGACACCAACGACAGAAACCUGCCAUACACCGAGUGUGUGAUCAUCAACAGCGGCAGGAUCCCCGUCAAAGAGCCGUUCAUGGUGGAGGUGGAGGGCUGGUAAAAGAUUGUCUUCUGUAGAAUAAAGACAGUAUGAAAUUAUAUACUGGAGAUCAAUCAGAAGUCCUACUUAUGCUUUCAUUUCAACAAGCUAGAAGGGCUGGCAGAUAUUUCCAUACACAGCUGAUACAUAUCUGAGUUGCAGUCUCAAUACCUCAGACUUUAUUCAAGAAGUGGACUGAUCCAUCGUCACAUGUGGGACUGAUGUGAGACCAACGUCACAAACCCUUUUGACACACCUUCUUCCAGGGUGGGGCAUCAUGGACUGGCCUUAUGGGCCUGGGCCCAGCACUUGUCCCACCCUUGGGUGAUAGUAGGCCGUCCCUGCUUACACUUUCAUUAAAAUAUAUAUUACAUAGCUAUUUGAAUGCUCUUUAAAACCUAAAAUACAGUUUUCCCUCUAAACAUGCAAACUCAUAAAACCUCACCAGAAGCUACGUACAUUUAUGUUUCAUUUACAGUCUUUGACCCCCAUGCUAAUGCUAAUAGUGACACUGCAAGGGCUAAAUGUUUAAACUUUAGCAUGUUAAAAUGUUGUUUAUAACACAGUUGCGAUUUGUCUGCAGGUGUUUCCUCGUUGAAAAACCUCCAAACAUGAAAGUGAAGGGACUUCUGAUUGAUUUCUACUGUAUGCAGAGAUAAUAUAAUUACCAUUAAGUUAAUAUGAAACACAAUGAUGUCUAACAGCUGUUUAUGAAAGGAUGGAAUAUUUUUAUGGAAAAGGAGAAGACUUCCACUCGUCUAUUUAGCAUCUCUGAGUUUAAUGCAUCAUUUAUAUGAAAUAACAAGGAGGAUGUCAUGCACUUCACUAUGCUCAGGCAGAACCUUUAUCUUCAAAACGGCCAAAAAAUGUCGCUUUUUGAACAAGAUUUAUCGCCGAAUAUGAAGCAGGUUUACAAUUUCUAGAGUCUGAGCCUUUUAAAGGAAUCACAAGGCUUUUUGGCUAGAUGUUUUUGGGUAAUGAGUCUGUAUUUUCCAUUUGAAGACAUAUCAAUGAAUGCAAAAAAUACACAUUUAAAGUAAACUUUGUUUAAUGGAGAUAGUAAAUGUGGCUCAAGUUGGCUCCUUUUUAUCUACUGACUAUAAAUAUUACUUGUUUUCAAUUAAAAGGGACAUUAAUAUCAGCAUUUAGAAGAUGGUGGUACAUACAGUGCCUGUAAAGAGUCUUCACCCUUGUGGAUGUUUUACCCUUUUAUUGAUUUUAUUAAUUAAUCAUGGUUAAUUUAUUUUGGCUUUUUUGACAAUAAUAAAGAUGUACAUAAAAAUGUACACGUAUAGUAAUGUCAAAAAAUAAGUGACUGUAUAGGUCCAGAUAACUGGUGCUAGUAGUCUCACAGUGAAAUGGGGAUCAGCUGAGUGCACCUAUGAAUACUCUGAAGGAGUUCCAAGCUUCAGCAGCUGA